UUGGUUAUGGCCAGUCACCAGGGAAACAGACGGCGCAAAAAACGGUCCGAUUCGAAACAAUAACAUAAUCUUAAUAAUAAUAUUAAUUAGUUACCGCCGCAUUGAGUGUACGUAUUGUACCUGGCGUAUUUGCUAGAAUUCAAUUAUUUUUUUUUGUAAAAUAUAAUUUUUUUUAUAUAUUCAUUUACGUAUAACCAUUAUACCUUUCAAUACUUAUAAACGUUGUUGUUAUUCACCAUCGUAUUACUUAACCGUUUUGUAUUAUACUAUCCGCUCCUCACGUCUGUAAUAAUUUUACAAGUUUAUACUUUUUCAAAAGAAAAUAACCUACUUGCAUCGCCUCCCCUYUAACAUACACCUAUUUGCGAACUUAAUAAUACGAGAAGAUGGCAUCAACUCAUAUCACGUUGGUGAUCUUCGGGUUCUCAUCGUUCUGGUCUACAUGUUUGGCCGACCCGAACGCUAUGGAUAAUUGCUGGCAGAAAGUGUGGUCUCUGACGCCGUCGUGUACGAAAAUGGACAAUUCUAUGGACGGUUCAACUGGCAGUCCGAGGCUUUGCGUCUAUCAGUCGAAUUGUGACAAUGCAUCGAGACCAAACUCAUGUACAAUCGAGUUCGUUAGUUAUGAAGAAAAUUAUCCUAUCAAAUCGAUGGCGAUUCCUAUAGAUAAUCAAAUAUCAAUACCACUAUCCAAAAGGUCUACGAAUGCUGAAGCUUGGAUUGGAGGUUUGGUGUCAGUUGGCAUCAUAAGUUUAUCGGGGCUGGUUGGUGCAAUAUUUUGGCCUUUGCUUAAUGACCCGAAUCGAAAGAAAACUGUUAUGAGAUUACUUUUGGGCUUAGCCACAGGAUCAUUAUCAAGUUCAGCUGUAUUCCAACUUCUUCCAGAAGUAAGAUUUUUAAAUCCAUUCAAAACUACAUUCAAACCAAAACCCUCUUAUUUCUCGUAUGUAAUCUUUACCCAUCCCCAGCAACUCUCCAAGGAGACUAAAAAGAAAAUGGCCAAGAGACGCCCUUGCCUAAUACAAAAAAUAAAUUAA